AUGUCCAAUGUUACCGAUGAGCACGUCGCGUCACCAAAGGAUAGUCAGGCACACGAGAAGGUCGAGAUGCAGCAACCAUCACUACCGGACACGGACAAUUGUGUGUCUUCGCAGCCUCAAGAAGAUGUACCAGCCCAUCACACAACUCCUAUCUCUCAGGAUCACGAUUCCAACACGCCUACGACCCCACUGGCUACUUCCCUUGAAGCUGAGCCCUCGGCAGCUGCGCCUUCACUCGAAAGCUCUGCACCGCCUACGCCAGCUACGAGAGCUGCAUCAUCUGACAAAACGAAUUCGCUCUCACAAAAGUUUGACAACCAGUCCAAGAUCACAAAGAAUGCUUACCUCAAACCCCAGCAAAUAUACGAGAAGACACGUUCUAUCAUGAGAAUGAACACUUAUAGAACGCUGCUUGUUGCUUCACGGGGAUUUGCUCGUGGCGGGUUACCCACAAGGCGGACUAAGCCUCCGCUACUCACACGACGAUACAGCAUCGAUGUCAACACGGUUAACAACUGGGGUACAUCCAGCGCAGUCGACUGGGGAGUAGAUCAACCCGAGUACGAGUCUCAGGAUCCUGUCCUUUCCACGCAUAUUCCUGUUCCCCAUCCAGGUCGAUAUGCCGGGUUGGGUAAAAUGUUUCAACUGUAUCCCCCGUUUGAUGAAAAGAUGUAUCUGGAGCUGGGAGAUGCAACAAUUUGCAACUACACUUUCCGCAACAUCAUCUGUACCGACUUCAAGAAUGGGGAUCCAUGGAUGCGCGAUGAAAGUCUCGACAUGGCUCUGGAGAUCUUGCGCCGAGACACUGACUGCGACAACUAUGAUAUCGAAAUUGCCAACUCCAUGAUGUCACAGAUCUGCUAUUGCGCUAGGAAAGACGAAGACUACAAGCCCCAAGAGUUUUCCGAGUACAGAGCACGCUUCGAGGACAAGAGAUGGAUCUUUCUCCCUGUAAACGACGCCAUCGGUACUAAUGUGGACGGGGGCAUCCACUGGUCCCUGAUUAUACUGGACAGGAAUCACAAGAAAAUCUAUUACGUGGAUUCUCUAUUUGUCGAUGACGCUGUCUAUCAAAACCUGGGUUACGAAAUCAGUGCUGGCAUGCUGAGAAUACUUGGAGAAGAUCUCGACUCGUGGACUUUUGAACCUCAAAAGUACACUCCCAAUCAGAUUCUUGACAACUUGGCCUUUUCCGAUGCUGGGCCAUGCGGGCCUUUUGUGUUCAAGAUGACGGAGUACUUGGUUACGUAUAUCAAGUUCUAUCAGUUACGUGGCAUUGAAGAUCAGUGUUCCCUGACGCUAUCUCAAGGCUUCCCAUCAUUUUUCAGGAACUAUUUCCAUUCGGCACACAUUCGCACAGACAUACAGAAGAGGAUUGCUCACUGGAAAGCCAUUGAUGUUGCUUCGAGAAUCGCAACCGCGCAUGACCAGGAAGUUUUGGCCGACACGUCUGUGGAGCUAGGCAAUAGCCCGGUCAUUGACUUGGAGAUACCGCGACGAACAGAAGCACUGGCGGAAUGCAGAGCUCACCAGAGUAGUGUGAGCGAACAUAUAGAGCACGACCAUCUGCAUCGUCGCCACUGGGACAACCUGGGCGAAUACUAUCUCCUUGCCCAACGCGGUGAUGACGUCAUCCCGGGGGACUGUAGCGACAGCGGUGACAGCACCGAGACCUUUUCAAGCGCCAACUCUAGAGUCUCGGCUUGGCAGUCUGAUCCACGGGAAUAUGGUGAUAUUGUGGAAGAUUAUGGCCAGGAUGAAGACGGCGGUAUCUACAUUUACGGUGCUGAAAGCCGCGGCGAAGAGUCCUUGUCUGGUGGUCAGCCGACGACCACAGACUCACCCGCGCAGUCUACCAAUGAGGAUGGCCUACCCGGCGUUACUAGGCCAGCCUAA